AAUAUAAUUGUUAUUUAUUAAUGUUAUUAAUUUUCGUUUUAGGAAACCUUUCUGAAAUUGCAAUGAGGGUUUUGCCUUUUCUUUUGGGCAAGACCAAAAAGCAGUCGAAGAAAGCUCGAGCUGAAGAGCAACCUGCCAAAGAAACUGUCCUUAGCGACGUCAUUGAGAUCGUUCCGGUAAUUAAGUUUGCUUUUUAUUGCCUGCAUGUGCUAUUACAACUUGCAAACAACUCUACAUUUCCAAUAAAUCUACAUAACUCAAUAUACACAAAUUUUUUCAAUUUAGGAAGGAUCCACGAUUGAGGAAGUUGUCGAGGGUGGUCGUAGAAAUCAUCCAAGAAUUCAUAUAAAAGGUGAUCCGAUACCGGAACGUGUGGUGAUUGCGGCAGAACGCACAGUGUUGUUCGAGGUGGAAAGUUGCGGAAUGGUUGAAGCAAUGUUGGCUCUGUUGGCCACCUAUUAUGUAAUAUGUUUGAGUAUCCUCAAACUUUGAACAACUUUUAUUUAUAUUUACAAAAAUGCGUUUUGAACAUCCAAGAUGGAAAGAAACUUCCUGCAGCUGUUAUUAAUUUUGUUAACGAUUUAGAUUAAAUGAUUUCUAUUACGAUUUAGAUUAAAUGAUU